AUGGCCGACAACAUGAGCUACAUUUACACCAUCGGCGGCUACGCCACCCUCAUCGGGCUCGGCUACGCGCUCUACCACGUGUCGACGCAAAAGGCGAGCAAGCGGGGCAGCACGCCGGCGUCGAGGACCGUCAAGGCGCCUCUGCAAGAAGUCCGAAAGGAAGGAAGGAAGAAGAAGCAGAGGCUGGAGACUUUUGCGUCGGACGCCGCGGAGCCGGCCGGUUCCAAGCUUGCCCCCAAGGCGGAGGAGGAGGCGACAUCCAGGGUUGGCCACGCGGCGGCCGACACAUCCGACGACGAAGCGGACAACCGAGAGUUUGCCCGCCAGCUGGCAAAGGCCAAGGAGGGCACGACGUUCGCCUCGUCCAAGUCGGCCGGCUCGAAGCAGCGCGAGAAGUCGGUGAAGCAGUCCCGUGCGAACCGAAUCUCGGCCGCGGCGGCGCCCUCGGCCCCGCCGGCGCCCUCGUCGGCCACGGACGCCGACGCCGAGGACGAUCAGUCGUCGCGCUCGCCUUCGGGGGCUGGCCUCGUCGACGCGAGCGGCGUCGCCGACAUGCUCGAGCCGACGCCCACCGGGCCGGCCAUCCUGCGCAUCACCGACUCGGAGCCCAAGAAGGAGCAGAAGAAGAAGGCGGUCGGCGUGCCCGAGAAGGCCGAGACUAAGAAGCAGCGCCAGAACCGCAAGAAGGCCGAGGCGGCCAAGGCGGCUCGCGAGGAGGCCGAAAAGGACCGCAAGGUGCUCGAGGAGAAGCAGCGCCGAGCCGCCCGCAUCGCCGAGGGCCGUGCCGCCAAGGACGGCACCCAGUUCCAGGCGGCCGUCAAGGCCAACUCCGUCUGGGCCCCAGGCGUGGCCAACGGCACCCACGCGAGCAAGGCGCCCGCGCAGGACAGGCUCCACCAACCCCUCGACACGUUCGAGAAGCCGGCGCCGGCGGCCGCCCCGCAGCCGGCCCCCGUCAAGCCCGAGAGCUCGUGGAUGUCGUCGCUCCCGUCGGAGGAGGAGCAGCUGGAGAUGCUCAAGGGCGAGGCCGACGAGUGGAGCACGGUGCCGACCAAGGCCUCGAAGAAGGCGGCCAAGAAGCCGUCGUCGGUUUCGUCGGCCGACGAGAAGUGGCAGACGCAGCCUGCCGCUCAGGCCAAGCAGCCUGCCGCUCCCCACGCGAACAAGGCAUCGAGGCCGAGCGCCGCCAAGAACUUUGGCGGCUCCUUUUCGGCCCUCGACACGAACGGCGACGACGUCGAGGAGGCCGAGGAGGAAUGGGACGUCUGA